GCUUCCCCUCCGCCUAUUCUUCUCUCUCUUGUGGCCUCUUCACCUUCUUCUCUCUAAUAAUAGCGAGGGACAGGGAUUAAUUCUUCUCCGUCGCAAUGGCUUUCGUCUUAUCGUAUUCAAAUGCAUCAUCUGGAAUGGGUGUUGCUGAGGAUUGCAAAGAAACAUUCCUAGAACUUCAGAGGAAGAAAACUUAUCGGUAUGUGGUAUUCAGUAUCGAUGAGAAGCAAAAUCAGGUUGUUGUGGAGAAGACUGGUGCUGCCACUGAAAGCUAUGAUGAUUUCUUGGCAUCUCUACCUGAAAAUGAUUGUCGUUAUGCCAUCUAUGAUUUCGACUUUGUAACUGAAGAGAAUUGUCAGAAAAGCAAAAUUUUCUUCGUUGCCUGGUCCCCAUCUAUAUCACGAAUCCGAGCUAAGAUGCUGUAUGCAACCUCUAAGGAUCGAUUCAGAAGAGAGCUGGAUGGAGUCCACUAGCUACUGAUCCGUCAGAGAUGGACCUUGAGAUUCUCAGAGAUCGAGCACAUUAAUCUCAGAGAUCUUUAAGCCCAAGAAACUCCAUUCAGAAAUUGUUUUAGCUACUCAUGCCUUGUGGAGAUUAGUGUUUAAGAUCUUAAGACUUCAGUAUUCGGUGCAAUUGGGAUAUGCGUCUUAAACAAUUUUAAUCAUCGGAAACUUCUGUUGAUAAAUGGUUGAGGCAAGCUGGUGUUUGUACAACCUCUAAGAUGACAUUAAUUGUAUGAUUGCUAAUUGGUGGUGCUGCUGUUUA